AUGCAGAAAACGGCACAGAAGUGGUUCACCGACAGCCCGAGUAACGAUCUUGACAGAUCUUCUUCUCUGCUUGCGGACUGGAAUGCUUAUGCCGCUUCCAAGGCUGGUGACGCCGAUUCAUCCGGCCUCGGAUUCGAUCUGGAAGCAGCCGUUCGUACCGCCAAUGAUAAAGUCUCAGGCACUUUCAACGUGGUUUCUAAAGGUGUAAUGGAUUUGCCAGGGAAUUUUAACUCUGCCACGAGUAAUGUCCCUUCUGCAAAGUCAAUGAUGUACUUUGGAUUGCUCCUCGCUGCUGGUGUCUUCUUUAUCUUUAUUGCAUUCACUAUAUUCCUUCCUGUAAUGGUGCUGUCACCUCAGAAGUUUGCUAUCUGCUUUACUAUUGGAUGUGCCUUCAUCAUUGGUUCAUUCGUUGCUCUAAAAGGUCCAAAAAAUCAGCUUAGCCAUAUGUUAUCAAAAGAGAGGCUUCCUUUUACAUUGGGAUUUAUUGGCAGCAUGGCGAGUACAAUUUAUGUAUCCAUGGUGCUUCACAGUUAUAUUCUUUCCGUUUUCUUCUCUGUGCUACAGGUCCUUGCACUGUCUUACUAUGCAAUCUCCUACUUCCCCGGUGGAUCAACUGGGAUGAAGUUUCUCUCUUCGACCCUCAUGUCUUCAGUACUCAGAUGCUUUGGAAGGUGA